UGAGGGCCCUGCGUGGGGCGGGUUGGAGCAAGUGGCGGAUGAGGGUCCUGCGCGGGGCCAGCGCGGCAGCGGCUGGGGCGGCGUGGCCCGCGUGACCCUCCCCGCGCCCGGUGCGCUAGCGAGCCCGCGCCCCGUUGCGCCGGCCCCGCCGCAGGAUGCGCGCUCCGCCGCUGCUGCUGCUGCUGGCCGCCUGCGCCCCGUCCUCAGGCGCAGAUGUGACCCCGACGCCGCCGGGCUGGGAGCCGGCCUCCGACGCGCCCUGGUGCCCCUACAAGGUGCUGUCCGAGGGCCCCGAGGCGGGCGGUGGGCGCCUAUGCUUUCGCAGCCCGGUUCGCGGCUUCCGCUGCCAGGAGCCCGGCUGCGUGACGCUAGUCUCGGCGGGUGGUUCGCUGCGCGCCCACGUCCUGCGCAACCGCAGCGUGCUGCUGCAGUGGCGCCUGGCUCCGGCCGAGGCGCGCCGCGUGCGAGUCUUCGCGCUGAACUGCUCGUGGCGUGGCACCUACACGCGCUUCCCGUGCGAUCGGGUGCUGUUGGGCGCCUCCUGCCGCGACUACCUGCUGCCCGAUGUGCACGACAGCGUGCGCUACCGCUUGUGCCUGCAGCCGCUGCCGCUGCGCGCCGAGCUCGCCACCGCCCAGCCAGAGCUCGCAGAGUGCGUGGAGUUCACCGCCGAACCGGCAGCUAUGCAGGAGAUCGUGGUGGCCAUGACGGCGGUGGGCGGCUCCAUCUGUGUCAUGUUGGUGGUCAUCUGCCUGCUGGUGGCCUACAUCACCGAGAACCUCAUGCACCCGACCUUCAGGCGACCCAGUCAUCGCAGGCAGUCGUGAAGCGCAAGGCGACCCGCCCACCUGGGUUCCACCUGCCCAAAUGUGCUAAGACCCUAGGCCCUUUCUCCUGCUUACCUCUCAUUCCCUCUCCCUCUUUGCGAUGCCCAUGGAGGGCCUAAUGGAGACUAGCCCGUGCAGGGACCUUGUCAUCAUUUCAUGACCUUGCUGGGUCUGCCUUCCAGACUCAGUUCUCAGACUGGCCAUGGGCCCCAGGCUAGAGUGUCAGGCGCAUCCAGGGGUCUUCCCUGUCUCUAGAGGCCUUGUAGAGCCGGCCAGAAUUUACAGUCCCUCUGUCAAGAGCCACUGGCUCCCAGGACCAUCAACCUGAACUUUCGUCUUGUGCUAUGUUGUCAGAGCUUGGGGCGUGACCGUUGCUUG